UUUGAUAUGCACAACACGGCUCGACUUUUGGAAGCAGCCGCAGCCCUUUCUCAACUUCUGCGCGCGAGCAACAUCCCUCACGCCUUCUACGGAGGUAUUUUUGUUGCCGUGAUGUCAAAUAAUCCCUACGCAGAUGACAUAUAUUGUAUAGUAGACGGCGGCCUGUCUCAUCCAUUUCGACGUGUUCGUCAAGCAGUAUCUGGCAGUAGUCAUGUAACUACCAUCGCUUCUCCUUGGUGUAAUCGGCUGCACACGACAUACCAUGGAUUCAUCCCUCCAGUGGAGAUCGAAAUUCUCCCCGCCGGUGAAGCAGGACCGCGUCGUUUAGACGCUAAUACGACUACGACCAUCCGAGGCAUACCUUUCCUCUCCAUUACCGAGUUCCUGCGUGCCAAGCUCAAGGCAUGGGCGAUACGCCGGCAGGAACAGGAUGCGCAGGAGAUUUCUUAUGUGGUCACCCGCUACUGGAACCGAGUGGAUUACAACCGCGUCCCAGAGGAUGACAUGAAUAACUUUGCAAAGUGCCACCCCGCUGUUGCACCAGCAUGGUUAUCUAUAAAAAGGAAGUACGGCCUAUGACCCAAGCAUGCAAUAUUGGGCCACCUAUGUUUACGCCUGGAAGACUGGUCGCGCUGCGGGGGGAAGAAUUAGGACGCACGCAGGUCUCUGGGGAUCAUGCAGAACUAUGCCAGACCAAACGCGUUUUUCGCCGGAUGUCAGUGGGCGUUAUGGCUAGGAGGAUGCGUGCCUGAGAGACAGACCACGGACUCAGCACGAUCGAUGGAGGACUGAGGAGAUAUGCCGCAUACGUCAUUCGGACACUUAUGGUGUGUACCGUACCAAUGUCAGGAUCUGCAACGGAUAUGCCUUCACGUGCUUUCGCAACUAGAAUACUGCGGCAGACCCCACUAAAACCAGGAACGGUCCCCUUCGAGGAUAUUCUCCCGUUCAUUGAACCCGC